AUGUCGUCUUGGGUGAAGGACACUAGAGCAAGGUUCAGAUGCUUUGAAGAAGCGGAUACCACCGAGAAGUCUAAUGCUUCCUAUGAAAGUCACAGCAGCACUAAAACGCAUCUCCUGGAGAAGCCACCUCCUCUCCUUCCCACUCCUUCAGGCGGAGGGCUCCUUCCAACGCCAGGCUUUAAGAAGACCGGUCACAAGGAUGAUGGCAUCAGCGCUGUGUAUGAAACAAAUAUAUCAACAGUUGGCAGUCCUGAUGCUCUGGCCAAGCCUCCACUGUUCCUCCCUACCCCGGGAAGGAUUCCGCUCAUGGCAAUCGGAAAACCCUCUCUCUUGUGGGACAGACCCUCUGCUGGACUCCUCCCUACACCAGGAAUCUCUCCUGCAACAGGUAAACCUCCACCUCUUUUAGCGAUGCCUCCUAAGCGACCACCACUCCUUGGGUUUCCACCUCACUCACCUGCAAAACGUCCCUUGCUGGGGGACAAACCUGGUCUCCUCCCAACCCCAUCGAUGUCUGUGAACCCCUCUUCACUGCUCUGGCCGCCCUAGCCCAAACUUUUGCUGAAGUAAGGACAGAAGAUCACCUCCUCCCAGUAUCUGUUGUAUACCCAGUUGUACUUGUAAUUCAGUAUUAGAGCAGUGC